UCACGUGAAUAGAAAAAAUAAUAUAUCACGGUUUUGGAAAGUUGCGCGUUCUACUCUUUUUUAUUUCUGUGGGGCGAACGGUAAAUGUCUAUUUUCUAUGACGAAACAGAAGACUAAAACGGUGGUUUCCCUCUGACGAGAGAUAAAUAUUUAAAUCUUUGUCGAUUGCUUUUCCUCGCUAUAUUAUAUUAUAGGUAACAUUCAUAUUGCUGUAAUUCUUACCGCAAUGCCACACACUUAUAAAUAUUUUGGUUUGUUUAUCUUAAUAGCAAGCGGUGGUUUUAUUCGCUGUUUAAAUCUUGGACAUCCAAAUGGAGUUGUGUUUGAUGAAGUGUAUUAUGGUUCUGCGUGUUCACUCUAUAAGAACCAUCAGUUUUUUGUGGACAAACAUCCACCUUUGUUCAAAAUCCUUGCUUGUUCAUUGAUGUUUGAAGAACAUAUGACCAACAGCGUUAUAUGGAGCCACAUUGGAAAUGAAUUCCCAAAGGACUUUCCGAUUUCAUUUGUUCGAAUGUUUCCAGCAAUACUAGGUGUGGCAACAAUCCCAGCCACAUAUUACUUUGUAGUAUCAUGUGGGUUUUCACACUUUGCCGCAACUGUUUCUUCUUUAUUAGUUACCUUUGACAAUGGAUUAAUCGUACAAUGUCGAAUCUUAACGUCAGAUUCUUUUCAACAAUGUAUGCUCCUCAUUGCAUUAUGUUUUGCAAAUCGAAAUAGUUUGUUUGGAUUUGCUUUAUCCUUCUUGUGCAUUGGAGCAGUCAUAUCCACCAACACAUCGUUAUACUAUGUGUGGUUUAUGAUCAGUUAUCUCGCAUUAAAACGUUCCACUUUCUAUUUUGCUGAUACCAACACAUCACUGGAAAAAUGUUUGAUUCGGGGUGUCUUGUGUAUUUCAACUUCAGUCAUUCCCAUUCUUGUUUAUAUUUUUACAAUCGCGACCCAUGUUUCUCUACUACCAUCUAGUGGCCCCCAUGAUAAUAUUCUUUCAUCUUCAUUUCAGUCAUCACUGUUGGGAAAUAUUCAUGAAACAAACGUAACAUUUGGUUCUUUCACUUAUCUUCAUACAACAGAUGAGACUUCCUUAUAUGUUCCAUGCUACUUAAGAUCAGUGUUUCCAUUACAUUCUACUUCACACAACAAUAAUGUAUCUAACUUUGGGGAACCAAAUAUAAUGUGCAACACUUUUAAAGAUGAACAAUCUAUUUGGCAGAUUAUACACCCAGUUAAUUGGAACAUUGAAACAACAGUGAAAGACAAAGAUAUUGUAUAUUUGCAACACGAGAAGUCAAAACAUUAUUUAACAACUCAUAAUGUUGCUGCACCUGUGUCUAUUAACAAACAACAAGUAACAAGUUGUGUGAAUAAUACUCAGCUUUUUGAAUAUGAAUGGCAAGUUAUAUUAGAUGAGAAUGGACCUUGGAUUAAUGAAAUAUCAAAAGUUCGAUUUUUACAUGUGAAGACUCAAACAUUUCUGACGUCAACAGAAAAAUAUUUGCCAAAUGGUGUUAACAAGGAAAGUGAAGUUGCUUGUGAAGAAGCAUCGUUACAAAACACUGCGUGUUCAACAAAAUGGAACUCAGAAGUUCUUCACAACUUCAGGGGCGAAACAAGGAGCAAAACUUUCGGUUUAUGGCAAAAAAUUAUGGAGUUUCAUAGAAAAUCACUGCAAGUAAAUUCUGAUUCGACUGUAGCUCAUACUUUCAGUUCAGAGCUUGUGGGUUGGCCAUUAGCGCAAUCAAACAUAGCAUAUUGGUACAAUGCAAAUAUCAACGCACAAAUACACUUUGUGGGGAACGUUGUUGGUUGGGUGGGGGGAGUUGUCUCUAUUUUGUUUGUUUUAAUAUUUUGUUUCCUGAAUUGUGUUCUACGAAGAAGAAGAAUUUGUUAUACUACCGAAGAUUACUGGGAAAAGAUUUUAUUCCAAAGUUUAUUUUUGUUAUCUGCGUGGGUGAUGCAUCUACUUGUGUUAUAUGUUGAAGAAGCAAGUUUUAUAUAUGAAUAUGCACCAGCAGUUGUUUUUACUUAUGUUCUUCAAGGUGUUGCAUUUGAUGUUCUUCAUUUACACUGCGGUUGGUUUGCUUACAUCAUCGCUUGCCUUUACACGACAGCAGUGAUCAAAUGUUAUUGGAGUUUACGUUCUAUAACUUUCGGUUUCCCACUUACUUCGGAAUCUCUUAACAAUCUUUUUUGGUGGAGUUCUUGGGAGUUUCUUGCUGUUUAAUGUUAAGUUUAGAAAAUAAACUUUUGGUUAAGUAUUAUUGAUGUACUUGUUUUGUUUUUAUGUGUUUGUAAUAUAAUACAUGUAAAAAAAUGUUUGCAUACACAAUAUGCUUCUAAGGGAUAUUACAGUACUGAAGUUUUGUAAUUUUCUUUUUUUCUAAAAAUGUCAAAUAUUUUUUUUGGUUUUGCACAACUGAUUAAUUCUAAUAAAACAAACGUUUAUUACACAUUGUAAUGUUGUUAAUUGAAGUUUUUGUUUUUAAUAAACAUGGU